CACUGUGACAAGGGAAAAGUCGCACGCCAUGUUUUAUUUGUUUAUGGUGGUCAAGUAGAUGUUUACUUGGUUAUAUUCUGAGCAUUCAUUUCAAGAUCUCUCUUAUGUGGUUUAAUCUCAGCAUGGGAUAUUCAUGGAACGAUUCGCACUGAUCAAUAAGUGAACCCACAUGAGCCACCCUGGAUCCCGUUGAGGAAACUAGCUGCCCGCCGCCGGCCGUGCCUACCCUGCUGCCAACGGCCACAGUCCAGCAGCCCGCACAGCCAGGCGAGCUGCCUGCAGAGCUGUCCCAGCAGGAGGCAGAGCCAGCCGAGCAGGCUGCCGACCUGCCGCAGUCUCCCUCAAGGACGGCGCGGCCAACAGAGGCCAAAGUAGCCAUGUCUCGUCCGGGCUCCAGUCGAAACAAGAGCAUACCAGCUGACAAGAUCAACCUGCGGCUGAUCAUGGUGAGCGGCAAGAGUCGCGAGUUCCUGUUCGGCACAUACCACUCGGCCGGCGACAUCGCGCAGUUCGUGUUCGACACGUGGCCCGAAGACUGGAGUGAGGAGGCCGUGGCGAAGGCGGAGGUGCUGCGGCUAAUCUACCAGGGCCGAUUUUUGCACAACAACGUGACGCUGGGCGCGCUGGGUCUGCCGCUCGGCAAGACCACCGUCAUGCACCUGGUGCCGCGCGAGACGCUGCCGGAGCCCAACUCACAAGACCCGCGCCAGAAGAGUAAAGCGGGCAGCAGCCGGUGCUGCUCGGUGUCGUGCGCCAUCUUGUAACUGCUGGGACGGCAGGCCGGCCGCGCGCACGCCUUGUGAUACUGCGCCGGCCGCGGACGUGCGCCGCCCGGCACCGGCCGCGGCGGAUAGCCGGCAGUGAGCCGACGAACUCAAACGCCGGUGAUGGCAGCGUGCUAGCGCCGCUCGCGCGGCGGACGCAGGUAAUCGUAGGUAAUUUGUCGCUCGUCCGUUAUUCGAGCAACUGUCCACAGCGUAUAUGUGUAUAUAUGCAACAUCGAGAGAGCGUAGGUAGCUGUUUUCUGUGCAUACGCGAGGCGUAUUUAGCGAUCGGGCAUGCGUGCCGGGGCCGUGUGCGGGCCGGAUCGGGUCCGACGCGGCCCGCCCCGCCCGGUGCCCUGUUGGCACACCGUGUGAGACUGGCCUGCGCGCGCGCGUUUUAUCCGGCAGUCUGAGUGGGUGAUUGGUUGAACUACCUCCGGCUAGGUACGGCAACGUUUGCGAUAAUCAUAAUUUUACGUCGGAAAACGUGACCUGCUUCACCGCCGCUGGGGAUGGACUGCGAACGGCGGCGGCGCCGCGUUGUUGGCCGCUGGGCCGGGAGUGGUGCGGAGUGCCGCUAGGGGGGUCGUCGUGCGUGCUGCCGACGCGUGUCUGGAUGUCUCCGCGGUCGGGCCGGAGCUGGGCUGGACCCGGCCCCGCGCCGGCCGCCGAGACGCCAUUCCAGCUGCUCACUCUAAAUGAGCGCGUCGGAUGCGGCGGCGGCGGCGGCCGGUGGCGAGCCGGCGCGUGGAGCCGGUGGUGCCCGCAGGCUGUUGUUUGUGUUCCUCGGGUGAGGAGGGUCACGCUGCAACAACGACUGACUUGUGAGGUGUUCCAGGUGGGGCAAGAGGAUUGAUUUGUUGCGUGGGCGGCGCAGGGUGGCUCGCGAUGUUUGCGCACCUGUUGUGACGCACUGCUUCUUUCCGGAAAUGCCUGACAGUACAUUUGAUUGGGGUUUGUACUCCGCCCGCGAUAAUAGAGAUCUGACGAUCGUAUUGGUUCCGGACGUUGCCUCCCUCCUCUUGGUUGUCCUAUCAUCAUCCCUGCGUUUCAUUCCUUGCAUGACCAGCUGUUCAUUUUGUCGCUCGCUGACCUGUCUCCUACUGCUCCAACGUCUGUCUUAGCGGCCACCAGACGGCGCGUGGUAUCAGUUCUGGCAGAGUGGGCUCCGCUAGCCAGCGACCGCUAGACGGCGUGUGGUACCUGUUCUGGCAGAGCGGGCCCCGCCAGCCGAGCCGCACCGUGCUUUCCGUGGUCGGGCCGCAAGCUGGCCACGCGCCUUGUUCUCUGUUUUGGCCGGAUCGUCUGUCCGGGCCGGCGGGCCCACUGCGUUGUUGCUGGCGCGAAACGAUGAAAUACUCAACUGUUGGUGUCGUGGCGUCUGAGUGCGGCGCCGGAAGUGGCCGGGGAUUGCGCCCGACUUGUCCCGGGGCCGCAGCUGCGCGUGUGUGUUUCCCGAUUUAGGGGAUCCAUGGAUGUACCUUCUCGAAUAUGGCAUAUAUUGGCUCGUAUGUAGAAGUUGUCUUGCCAGCCUGCAAAAUACAAUUCUCUGAAACGCA